GCUCAAGUGACGUCAUGUCACCUGCUGCUGACGCGUGACGUCACGAGGUAACGGAAUGUUGCCGCUCCGCGCGGGAACUGAAAUCUGAGGCCACGCCCGCUUGAGCUGCUGUACCGCUCUUGUUUUCAAAAGCGACCUGCCCACAACAACAAUAACAACAAGCUGUCGCUGCCUCUGCAGAAGUGGUCUGAUGGAGCAAAGGCACUCGGCGCGGCUUGGUGCAAAAAGGCAACAAUGCGACCGGUGUGCAUACAGCACGGAUCGUCCUGAACAUUUUACAAAACACCAGAGAACUCGCACAGGAGAGAAACCCUUCAACUGCACUUGGUGCGGGAAGACGUUUUCAGAUUCAUCUACUCUUCAUGUACAUCAGAAAACACACACGGGAGAGAAACCCUUCAACUGCACUGUGUGUGGGAAGGAAUUUGCAUGGUCAUCUGUUUUAAAAAAACACCAGACAACACACACAGGAGAGAAACCCUUCAAGUGCAGUGUGUGUGGGAAGGCAUUUUCACAUUCAUCUACUCUUGUGAUACACCAGAGAACACACACAGGAGAGAAACCCUUCAAGUGCACUGUGUGUGAAAAGGCAUUUUCAGAUUCAUCAACUCUUCAUGUACACACGUGCACGCACGCACGCGCACUCACGCGAACGCAC